UAUAUUUUGAUUUUUAUCAUUCAUUAAAGAUUUAUCAUGGCAAAAACUGUUGUUAUAAUUGGAGGUGGUGUUACUGGCACUUCAUGUGCAGAACAUGUUUCUAUGUAUUCUCCUGAUGCUAAUAUUGUUCUUUUGGCAGCUACAGAUUUAGUUAAAACAGCAGUAUCAUUAAGGAAACUUACUAAAACAACAGAUGAGUUGGUGCUGAAGGAGCUUCCUAAAUUGAUGUUUGAAUCACCAUUGUUAAAUGUUACUGUUAAAACUGGUGUUGUGGAUUCAAUAAAUGCUGAAGUUCAGGAAAUUACCCUUAAUGAUGGUAUUAAGCUACAUUAUGAUAAGCUGUGUAUUUGUACAGGUGGCUCUCCAAAUGUAAGUUAUGAACUCAUGAGUCAUCCAUAUGUUGUGUUGGUACGAGAUACUGAUACUGUAAAAUUAUUUGAGCAAAGAUUAUCCAAUGCUAAAAAAAUUGUUGUUGUUGGAAAUGGUGGAAUUGCAUUAGAACUAGUGUUUGAAGUUGUCAAAUGUAAGAUUGUUUGGUGUGUAAAGCAUGACCAUAUAGGCACAAAUUUUUUUGACAAAGGUGCUUCUGAAUUUCUUUUACCCAUUCUAGAACAAAACUAUGCUGACAAAGAAUGCCCUGUGAGAAAGGCUGAUACUCUAAUAUCUAAAGAAAAAAGAUAUUUUGUGGAAAGAUAUAAACUUGCAGAUUCACAUACUAUAACAGGAAGUGCAUUAGGUCCAGAUUGGUGUCUUAAUAAAAAUCUAUGUGGUAAUUUGACAUCUGAGAAAAGAAAUGUUCAAAUCAAGUAUAAUUGUCAAGUAGCUGAAAUUUUACCAAGCACCUUUAAUAUAUUAAAUUCCAAAAAAAAAAAUGUCUACGUAAAACUUUCAAAUGGAGAAAUAAUAGGUUGCGAUUUUAUUGUUUAUGCAACUGGCGUUAAACCUAAUGUUCCAAAGAUACACACUAAGGUUCAUCAAAUAAAAUGUUCACCUGAAGGUCAUUUACUUGUUGAUGCUAAUAUGAGAACAAGUAUUCCAAACAUUUAUGCUGGUGGCGAUUGUUGUCAAGCAUCUUGGGAUCAAUCUAAUUAUUGGUUCCAAAUGAACCUUUGGACUCAAGCAUGGCAGUUUGGAGCAUUUGCUGGAAAGUGCAUUGCUAAUCACCUUAAAUUUGACCUAGAUUUGCCUUUAGACUUUUGUUUUGAACUGUUUACACAUGCAACAAAGUUUUUUGGAUAUAAAGUUAUAUUACUAGGCUGUUAUAAUGCACAAAAAAUUGAUAAAACUUCUUGUGAACUUCUUGUAAGGUGCACACCUGGAAUAGAAUAUGUAAAACUUGUUAUGUUAAAUGGGCGUGUUCAGGGUGCAACUCUUAUUGGCGAAACUGGUUUAGAAGAAACCUUAGAAAAUCUUAUCAUCAAUGAAAUUGAUGUGGGGUUUAUGGGAACUUCUUUACUGGAUCCAGAUAUUGAUAUAGAAGAUUUUUUUGAUUAAAUUUUUGUGAACACAUUUCAAAUAUUUAUAAUCAGAAUAUAAAAAAAUUUUGUUGUUUGCA